CAGCUAUAAAGGUUUACCUCUAUAACUGCAAUAUAUUUUGAAUAGAAGGCAUUAAAGGUGCAGUCAUUCACCUCUUUUAGCAGGGCUUUUGUCAACACAUCAGCUGCUUUGGGCUGCAGUUACAACCCAUGUUGAAGCAUAAGUCCCUCCCAUACUCAGCCAUUGCAAGCUUCGGGUUUCACAGCAGACUAGGCGGCAAGACACAAACAACUCCUACAAGUCCAACAAGUAGGAAACUGAAACUGGAAGAGGGGAAGACCGGCAACAAGAGUCAGCAGCUAGGUUUAUUUUGAGUCUGUUCUACUGACAGAGACACAACUCUCAGCCAUCGUUACACUUUGGCGUCAUGAGGUCUUUGUUCCUCUUCCUCCUCUCCUUCCUCAGUGCAGUGUGUGGCAUUCAGGGGGCUUCAGAUUUCAGAAUAUGCUCCUUCAAUAUGCAACACUUUGGUGACUCCAAAUCCAAGAAGAGCAAUGUGAUGCAAACUCUUGUGAAGAUCAUCUCUCGCUGUGAUGUGUGUUUGCUUCAAGAAGUGAGAGACAGCAAACAUACAGCUUUACCAGCACUGAUGGCCCAGCUUAACAGUUAUGACACUAACAACCACUAUGAUGUCGUAGCCAGUGAGAGACUCGGCAGGUCUGAUUCAUACCAGGAGCAGUACGUGUUUGUUUACAGGACCAACACAGUGACAGUGACGGGACAGUAUCAGUAUCCAGAUGAUCGUUCAGGGGAUGUAGAUGCUUUUGCCAGAGAGCCCUUCAUUGUCCGCUUUAAAGCCCCAAAGACAGCUAUAAAGGAGUUUGUUCUCAUACCUCAGCACACAGCUCCAGCCAACGCUACGAAGGAGUUGGAUGCUCUUUAUGAUGUUUUGCAAGUCAUGAAGAGGAAAUGGAGGACUGAGAAUGUGAUGCUUCUCGGGGACUUCAACGCUGACUGCAGCUACCUCGCCAAGAAGAAUAGGGGGAAGGUGCGCCUGAUUACAGACCAGAAUCUUUACUGGCUUAUCUCAGAUGAUAUUGACACCACUGUGCGGUCGUCCACCUCCUGUGCCUAUGACAGGAUUGUUGUGCACGGGGAGAAGUUUAUCAGCAUUGUUCCUUCCUCAGCCAAACCCUUUGACUUCCAAGCAGCAUACCAGCUCACAGAGGAGCAGGCACUAGAGGUCAGUGACCAUUACCCUGUGGAGGUCCUGAUGAAGGCCACCGCAUCCAGAGUCUCCUUCAACCUCCUCCUCAUCCUCCUCGCCUUUAUAUUCACCUGCAGCUAAUGAAGAAAGAGCCCGAAGAAGGGGUUCUAACAGUUCAACCAAAGUGCUUCCCCUGGACACAUUUCGGGGCCUUAUAUCAUCUCAUUUUCACAUCCAGUUAAGGGCAGCUUGGGGCACCAUUUGCAAUCUACAUUGUCAAACAUGAGUGUUUGCACUCCAGUGAAAUAUCCUCCAGUGUUGGGCUCAGAGUUAGAUAAUAUUAUACAUUACACAACUGUUUGCGCAUGCAUUUAUCCUCAUCUUUAUCUGUGUGAGAAUGUAAAGAUCAUUAGUAUUUAAGACUAUUAGCUUUAGCAGGUAAAGAUACAGAGAUAUGUAGCAGAUAAGAUGUGAAAGAUUCCCUCUGAAUCAGUCAUACUUCAGUAUUUUUUAAGAACCUUUUUUAUCCCCUGGCAUUUGAUUCAAGAAGAUAUAAUGAUCAGUGUGUUCAACUGGUUCAACUGUCAUCAGUUUGUUUUUAGAGCAUAAAUGGAAAACCAUCCAAUAUUUUUUGACUUUGUCAUCUCAUCAUCAUAUCAUUUCAAGACAUUCAGUAUUUUUCCAGUAAAAUGCACAAAAACUACUCCCUCUCUCAUCCUUAGUUGUUUUCAAAGUUCAAUCAGACUGGUUCUGAUUCUCACUACCCACUGGAACACAAACUGGGGGUCAUCUGAACCUUCAAUUACACAGCAAAGGAAAUCCCUACAAAGGCCAAAGAGAAAAAGAAGGAAGAUAAGCCGUUCAGGAAAGCACUGGGGACCUGAGGUUACCCUGGCUGAGCCUUCCUCAAAGACAAACCAAGGACCCAAGAAUAGAGGAAAAGCCCGAAAAAGGAAAAGGCAUCAUCAGCCUCCCAAAAUAAUUCUCAAAAAGCAACCAUUCACACCUGGACUCACCUCAGAGGUGUGACCAGAAUGUCAUGGGUGGGUGGGCAUUUGCUUGUUUGGGGGUGCAGGAAAAUAUUGUUGCACCAAGGGGGAUUGUGAUUGUUGGACUGGGGGGGAGGGACUGUCAAACAGCAUCUGUUCAGCUCUGGCAGGCUGGACAGGGCAUUUCACAGGGGGACAGAGCUUGUCCCUGUGGAGGGCAGUUCUUGCCCCUGGGGGGUACUGCCCCCCCAACUCCCCCUUGGCCAUGCCCCUGACUCCCCCACCCCCACCCCAAUGACCCUGAAACUCAGGCACAAUACCCACUAACCCCCCUGAAACUCAGGAUCACCCCUCCAAGACCCCUGACAGGGGAAAACAACCUACAGACCACUCCCCCUACAGGUUUAUACAUCUGGUUCCCACCCCCAACCUAAUAGAAGAAGAAGAAAUACCAGUCUAAUUGAACAUCGAAAACAACUAAAGAUGACAGAUGACCGGGACAAAUGAAAACGUACACAGACAUACUUCCUCUCUCCUGUCAGUGCGUGAAACUCGCAUCAGCACAAGCACUUUGGAUUUUGUGGAGGCCAGGGGGAUACGUCAUUCACUGAUGUUCCUUUGUGAUAUUUUUAACAGGCUGAUGCCAAGUUCAGUGACCAUGAGCCACUCAGUUCUGGGAAAGUUGCAAACUGAGAUCAAAAUAAAAAUGCAUGGCAAUAGAGCCGCUUGUAUUAAAAAAAAGAGGAAACACAAACACAAUGAACUUUAUAUCUAAGUGUUGUAAGUUUGGCCACAGACUAUGAUUAUUAAUAAUGAUUAGAUUAUUAGUAAUGUGAUUACAUCCACCACACUCCUUAAAAUGAUCCAAAAAAUUUGGUGAUCUCUGGAUUUUACCUGCAGUAUUAUGACUCUGAUUGCACACAUGUCUUUUAUGCAAGAAACAAUUAAUGCACUGCAAAUGCAAUUGUUGAGAUUUGAACAUAUUUAUUACACUUGUUAUAAAUUGUUUAAUGUCUUUCUUUUUGGUAUUUUGUCAUUGUGUUGGACACAGUCAACACUGCGUAUAUGUACUGUAUAUACAUAUUAGAUUUCUCCUUCAUUUUAAGGUUUUUUUUUUUUUUAACUACAAGUUUUUUUUGUCUCUUUUUAGAGCUUGGUCAUUGAGUACCUUCCUGCUCUAUGUGAUCUCAUUCUGUUGUAUACGGUCAUUUGUACAUAAAUAAAAACUCCACAUCAUCAGU